GAAGCAACAUUGUGUUAAAUGUAGAUCAGAAUUGUAUAGUGUAUCUCGUAUAAAGCAGGUUGUCAGAAGAGUAGGAACUGUUAAGUGAAGAUGGUACAUAUCUACAGUGUUUUUAUGGGAAUUUUGAUACCCGGUGUGAUUGGAUCUCCACAUACUAACAGAAAAAGUGAUCACUGUGACGACAUCGCAAUAAUUGGAGCGGGGGUUACCGGAAGUUAUGCUGCGUGGCGACUACGUGAGAGGAAUCUGACAAUAUCAAUGUACGAGUACUCGAAUCGCAUUGGUGGGCGCUGUUUCACAGUACAACUUCCGGGAAUACCGGAUGUUAAUGUUGAAAUGGGAGCAAUGAGGUUUUUACCGGACGAGCAUCCUUUAGUGGUCAAGACCGUCCACCACUUAGGACUAGAAGUUGUAGAUUUUGAACUUGGGGUGGGACCUAGUAACGAUUCUUUGUACUAUCUAAGAGGGAAGCACAUGAAAUACAGUGAGCUGCCGACACAUGCACCUUAUUACCUUCCCCCUGAAAACCGCAUCGAUCGUAAAACGCUUAAUAGAUAUUCGUAUGAGAAUUUCACUGUUUCUUCUCAAAAUGGGGACGUCAUUAAAUCGCUUGAUGGUGUGGACCUGCAUAUGCAAAGUCGAGAUCUAUUUAUGGCAAAAUACCUGGACACGGAAACUGCACAUUAUCUCAGGGAUAGUGCCAGUUUCCAUGACGGGUUUGGACCAGAUGUUGCAGCACUUAAUAGUGGUCCGGUUGAUCCGCUUUUGCCUUCGGGCAAAACAGUUGUGAAAACAGUGAAAAAAGGAUACCAGUCUAUUCCCGAGGGAUUGGUUGGACAAUUUCUCCAAGCCUGUGAUAAGCACAGUUUCUACUAUAAUCGUCAUCUUAGAGCCAUAAGGAGGAAUGUUAACGGAAAUUAUAUACUCACGUUUCAACCAACGAAGACAACAGCUGGAGUAACUACGGAUGACAAGGUUAACUGGAUAUUUUCAUGCCGUAGCAUUUGUGAUCUCUUCCUGUAGAAUAGUUAUGGUACUUUACAAUACUGUAUGUAUAAUGACAUCGUAAGCAAACGAUAAAAGAUAAGGGUAGAUUUCUCGGAAGCACAGAUCACCACAAACCCAGCCACAGAGCCACAUAUUUGCAAAGGCCCACAACAAAAAGAAGCUGUAACGGAAAAAUAUUA